UGUUCAUGUAUCUGCAACACUCUUCUGCUGUGGACCUCAGUUACGAGUGUCUUCUUUACUUGAUGAAAAGAUGUAACUACACUGGAUGCUGAAGAUCUGAGGAGAGACUCUUUCAGCGGGACCAUAUGUUGACUAAGGCUGGAAAAAUGUGUCCAUAACAUCUCACUGUUACUGGAAACCCAGAAAAGAAAAAGGCAAGGAUGGCAAGCUUCCCUGAAAUGAUUCCUGCAGCUUCACAACCAGGCCAACUCUAACUUCACUUCCAGGGCAGGAAUCAAAUGGAGGGGGCAUAAGCAACCUUGGUAUGAUAACAAUGAAGGAAAAGAAUGCAUUCCAAGCUUGCGUGCCUUUUGUUUUGUGGAACUAUAUAAACACUCAGACUCAGGCCCCCUUGCAUCUUGUAAGCACACACGGACACACUCUGGUUGCCCUGUUCUUGGACCAAAGAUGGGCGGCUCCUUCAGUGCCUUCAACAAAUUUGGACUCCCAGGGCUGAGCACGGCAACUACCAAGCAAGUUUAUGAACGACAUUUCAAGACCAAGGCGACUGGCAAGUUUGAGGACUUCCAUAUUGCUUACGUCGACUUCUGCAAGUAUUUCAACACUAUAAUGCCCGGUCAAGAUUUUGACACUCCAACACGCGAAGAGAUUGAGGAAUUUUAUUAUAAGACGUGGGUGCCAGCGCCGGAAGACGAAAGGAAGGAAUUGUUUUUCUAUUUCAUGAAGCAGAAAGUCCAUGAAGCGAAGGUGGACGACCGCUUCUUCAUCGCGGCGGGGCUCGCCGCACCCGCGGCGGCCGUCAUCGGCAAGAGGGCCAGCGGGCAGAUCCCCUACGUCAAGAGCCUGCGGCUGGACAUGGUCCCCAACGUCGUCUUCGUUCCGGCGGUCACGCUCUUCGGCAUCAUAGGAGCCACCAUGUGGCGGAUGAGCAGCAGGAGCGCCGCAGCCAAGGAAGAGGUCAAGAAAGACGACAAGCGCAAGGAAGAGGUCAAGCAAGACGAGAAGCGCAAGGAAGAGGUCAAGCCCAAGGCGCCUUAGACUGUUGCCUUGUUUAUCUCUUGCAUAUGCGUUGAAAAGCGAUACGGAUGACUCGAUCACCUACUCGGUCAAUAACCAGGAGUUUUAUUUGGAACAUUUUAUGGUGCAUAAAUAAUCUCGUCGGUACAAAGUGUAAAUUUGGGCGUGAAAAAUAUAUAUUUUAUUUCCUGCUGCCGUGAA